AACUUAAAAUCACGAGAUGUUAUAACUUCGUAACAAAUGAUUUAUAAAUCUUUAGAAAUAAAAUUACCUUAGUAAAUCGGUAAAGUUACUAGAUCGAUGUAUGCGAGAUAUACAUGUAUGACGUACUCGACGUUUCGUGGUUCCAAAACAUGGAUUUUCUGUAUUACAUUUUCAAUUAAAUGUUUAUAAUUUUUGUCUUCAAUUUUGUAAAGGAAAUGUUAAGUUUUAUCCGUGUUAUAAGAAAAUCACAAAUUUCAAUGCAAUGAUCAUCUUUUUUGUAUUAUGAAAAUAGGGAAAGUGUAUGUGGUAUAGUAGAUCUGCCAUGAUAGAUCCGAACGCGUCUUCGUCUUAUUCCAAAAAAGUCAAAGAUUGCUAGCAAAAUGAGUCAUUUUUGUUAUCAGGAGAGCAUCUUAAAGUAAUAGUACAGAUUGCAGAAUGGUGGUGGAUUGCUUAUCCAUUCAAAGCUCAGCAGCUAUAAUACGGAAGCAGGAGCGAAGAUUAGGUGGGUUAGUAGGUGCCAAAAUGCAACCUAACAAUGUUGGUAGUUGCGGUGGCAUGACACCCAAAGAACUUUCAGACAAUGAUGACCUAGCUACUUCUCUCGUGCUAGAUCCUUAUUUAGGAUUUACCACCCACAAAAUGAAUAUCAGGUACAGGCCAUUGAAAGCAAAUAAAGAUGAACUUCGUAAAAUUAUUUGUGAAUUCAUUCAAACUCAAAAUUAUGAGAAAACGUAUAAAAAAUUAAUGGGUGGUGACUGGGGUGCAAGGCUUCCUCACACAAAAUCUAAACAGCAACAAUUAAAUUUGGAAAAACAUAUUUACCGAUACUUGAAAGUUUUUGACAAAGAUUCUGGAUUUGCAAUAGAACCAUGCUAUAGGUAUAGUCUCGAAGGCCAAAAAGGUGCCAAAAUUUGUGCAACUCGAAAGUGGUUAAAACAUGAUAAAAUAUCUUGUCUUGUUGGUUGUAUUGCAGAACUCAGUGAAAAGGAAGAAGCAGCAUUAUUACAUCCUGGAAAAAAUGAUUUUUCUGUUAUGUUCAGUUGUCGAAAGAAUUGUGCACAGUUAUGGUUAGGACCAGCAGCUUAUAUUAAUCAUGAUUGUAGAGCUAAUUGCAAGUUUGUAGCAACUGGACGAGACACAGCUUGUGUUAAGGUUCUUAGAGAUAUCGAAGUAGGGGAAGAAAUUACUUGUUUUUAUGGAGAAGAUUUUUUUGGAGAUGGCAAUUGCUAUUGUGAAUGUGAAACUUGUGAAAGGAGGGGAACUGGAGCAUUUGCAAAUCAAAAACCAGGCGAAGAACUCUCUUCUGGAUAUCGUUUAAGAGAAACGGACAAUCGUAUCAAUCGUACGAAACAUAGGCAGCAACCAUUAAACCGCAGUAAACAACAGGCUGAUACUGCACUUACUGAAAAAAAUGCAAUGCUUGUUGGUAAUGCUGCAGUAGCACCACAAAGUCUUAGUAUGAAAGAGUUGCGAAGAAAAGGUUUAACAAAAUAUGACGCAGAAUUACUAAUUGCACAAGGAUGUCGAUUCUCUGAUAUUGCUCAACAACAGCCUAUUAUUAACAAUGGUGAGAAUGUAUUGCAAACAUCUCGACCUCACCCUUCAUCUAUUUCUAGUUCUGCUACAAGAAAUUUACGAAAUAAACAACUUUAUAAAUUUGAUAACAAUAAUGGCCAUCAGAAUAAUGUUAAUAACAACCACACACUUCGAUCUUCCAGGCUUCAUAAAAGAACAGAAUCAAAGAAGAAUAAAGUUUCUGAUAAAACUAGAUCUUGUUUGAAUGGUUCUAUAAUAAAAAAUAUUGAAAUACAAGAUGUAAGUCAUCGUAAAGAAGAUUCAGAUAGAGUAGAUGUUGCCGAAGAAGCGGUAUAUUCUAGAUUACAUAAGUCCCAUUCAGAGAGUACUUUGAAUAAAGAAAUUCAUGAUCUCUGCCAUGUUCAGACUUCGCAUCAUGACAUAUUGAAACAGUCAAAUUGUUCUGACUUUCAAAGAGAGUGUUCAACUACCUUUGUUGAAAAUAAUCGAGAACUGAAUAGUAAAUCGAUAAAUGAUAAAGAAAUACCUGAUAUUAUUAUAGAAAUUAAAUCUAACUCGGUAGGUAAUAUUGAUACCUCAAAUUCUAAAGAAAAACAUUAUAGUACAAAUUCCUGUGAUUCAGUUCAUAUAAGUUCCACGCCUGAAACUCGAUUAGAUCAGUUACACGAAGCUAAUAAAAACGAAUUAAUUUCGCAAGAGAAUCAUCAAUCAAGGACUUGUCAUUAUAACUUAUCAUCGAUCGAAAAUGUUAAGGAUGAAAAUAAUGUUUCUGCAAUACCAGUAGAAUUAGAUAGUUGUGUUAAAACACUGUCAGAUAGCGAAAAUCAUACUUCAGAAAAGAAAAUAGAAGAAAACUAUGAACACGAGCAUCAGGACUUUUCUUGCAAAAAUGAAAAAGAAACAUCUUUAAUUCAUGUAAAAUCGUCUAAAAAUUUAAAUUAUGUAGAAAAUGACAGAACGAUUUCUACUAUCGAUACACAUGAAUUCGAUAAAGAAUUUAAAAGAAGCGGUUGUAUGAGCUCAUCUAAUGUCAUCAAAUAUUCUAUAGAAAACGAAGCGGACAAAUUUAAAAAAUACAUUUCAGAUGAUCUUAUAAAAUCGACAAGUAAUGAUGAUCAAAGGAAUGUACAUUUUAACAAGGAAACUAUGGAAGUAAAAGAUUAUGAAGAAAAUCAUGAAAAUUUAGUUAAAGAUAAUAUAUACGUAGCAAAUGUUGCAAAUUGUUCCGAGAUGAAGUCUGAAACAAAUGAAAUGAUAGAAGAAUGUGUAACUGUAAUGGAUUCUCAGGUAAACUCGUAUAAAGAAAGUGAUAAAAACUGUAGUACGAUGGAAAGUAAUAAAUACGGUAGUAUUAUAACUCAUGACUUAAAAGAUAACUGUAACACUAUUUUAAAACAACCUUUGCAAAGAAACGGAACAUUAAAUACAACCUUGAGAUCCCACAAAAGUAGAAAAAAGCUGUUCUACGAUAAGAAAUCUUCGACCUCUGGAUCGAAAGAAGAACCAGAAACUGUUCCGGAACAAAAGAAAGUUGAUGGAGUAAUUACGUCUAUUUCGAAAACGUCUCGUACCAAAAUUGAAAAAACAAAAAGUAGAGUGACAAGAAAUCAAAAAAGAGAUCGGAAGAAAAUUGCGACUACCGAAAUCGGUAUGGCAGACGACGAUUCAGGCAUUCAAGGCGAUAUUUACGAGUUUAGUGAAAAAGAGAGUAACUUGGAAGAUAUUAGAAUACCUUCAAUAAUGCGACGAAACAAACAAGAAACUCGCCAUACACCUGGACUCACAUCGCACUUACAAGAAAUGCAAUACAAUGACGAGUGCAAUAAAAUUGAGCCCCCAGUAUUAGUUCCUCAAGAACCAUGGCCACCAGCUAGUUGUAAUCAGAAUCAAUUGACAGAUUCAGAUCAGUCUGGAGAAAAUUCUGUAGAGAGCGAAGAUUUGAAAAGAUUAUCAUCUUGUAAUAGCGACAGUACACAAAAAUCUGCGAGUCUCUCGGAAUGUCAGUGGCAACUGAAUAAUUCCAGCUGUCAAGUUUGUCCAAAUACUCCGGAAAGAACUGGCAGAUUAAAGCUUACUCUUCGCAUGAAACGUUCUCCAGUUAUAGACGACAUCGUAGAAUCGGGUACAAGUCUUAGCGAGGACAGUUACGAACCUGAGUAUGAAGUAUUACGCGUAGAGGGCGUGGAAAGAAGUAGACGUAAGAAAAAGCAUAAAACCCGUGAUCGUGAAAGACGGCAUAAGAAACGCGAACUAAAUCUGGACCCCCCUCCGCCACCUAUGAAAAGAUUGCGCUUAAUUUUUGGCAAUGAAACACACACCAUUGACUUUCCACAUUCUUAACAACUAUAAAUACAAGUUUACAGUAUCAUUCGGAGUAAAUUAUAAAUAAAAUUUAGGUAUGCGAAAACAGAUCUCCUUGUCCUACGACGUUCUAUACUUCUUAGAAGUUUUAACAAUCUUAAAAGUUAUAUGCUAAUACAAAACUAUGCAAACCACUAAUGAAAUAAUUAGCAUGUUUGUAUUUUCACAUUACUUUUCAUUGUUCAAGUCUUCGUUUCAGGUUCUUGUUCUUCUAACAACGAACAUUUAAGGGCCUAACAAAAGUUCCCUUGCCCCACCCGCACGAAAAGAAAAGAAAAUAAUAAAGAAACAAUGUUCAUUGAUUUUACAUGUUAUUCAGUGAAUAAUUAUUUGGAAACUAUAGUUCUAUCUAAAAUAGCGUACACGUAAUCAAUUCAUUACUAUAAUACUUGAUUGUAAUACAGCUAGUAUUUUAUUUUAUCCACUAUGUACUUCGCUUUGUCAUUAGUAUUUUGUGUAUACAUCAUUUUUGAUAAAGAUGACAGGGUCCCAAACCUGUAGUCUUUCGACAUCGCUUCACUUUCAAUAUCAAUGACUUUACGUUACUAAACAAUUUUUUACUAAUAAAAUAUUUAUAUCGUAUGCAAAAUUUAUACAACUAGGAUAACCAGAUUAAAAAUCCUCCUUUGUUCUAAGAAACGAGGAAGGAAAUUAAUGAGUUGAAUUACAUCUAAGUACUGUUUCCAUAGAUAAGGGACAACGGAGAAAAAAUCCAUACUCUUAUAUUAUGUAUGAUAAUAGCUAUUAUUAUAAUAAUUAUUGAUAAUAAUUAAUUAAUUAAAUUAGACAAAAGCUAGGUAACAUAUAUUAAUUGCUGUUCUCAAAAACGCGUGAUUGAUUAUCAUAGGGAAAAAAAAGAAAUUGUAAAUACUGCUUAUGUGUAUAGCGCGCAUGUAUGUAUGUAUGUACGCAUAGAUCAUAAUUGAAAUGUAACGCAUACCUACAUAGACACAUAUAUACAAACAAAACAAAUACAGACAUGCAAGUACACGUACAUGCAUUCAUAUAUAUAUUUAUAUAUAUGAAUAUUCGUACAUGUACGUACAUACAUAUACGUACUCAGUAUACACAUGCGCGCGCGCACACGUAUGUACACAAAUUGUGCGCGCAAAAUAAUUGAUUGUUGUAUUCCGUAUGUUGAUGUGUCACAAUGCCUUGAUCAAGCGAAUGUAUAAGUGCAUUGCACGUAAAUAUCAUCGUAUAUCGAAUACAUGAUUUAAAAACAAUAACGAAUUUAAAAAAAAAAAUUUCGUUUAACUAUUCAAGUUAAAAUAAUUAGUUAAAAUAAAUACAAAAAGCGAGCAAGUGGAGUUUCUCAUACCGAACUUGAGGAACGGAAUUUUAUGUUAAAUGUCGUUUUUCAUAUAGAAAUAUCGUCGUUUCAAUUAUGAAACAAAUCGAAUGAUUGAAAUGUAAAGCUCAGUUACAAGAGUCAUAUGCGAUUUUACAAAUUGUAUUUAGAUCUGAAAUCUUUAAGUAGAUCAAUUUUAUACGCGUUACUUUCGCCCCCUUAUGUCAUGUUUAAUUAUUUUAAAAAAUGUUGUAUUUUUCGGACAAUGAUCAUCAUCAAUUUCAUGAAUUUUGUUGAAUGUUAAUAUUUACUUUAAGAAUUGUAAUGGAAAAUCAUUAUUUAUUUCUUGCGAAUAAUUGGAUUUGUAUAUUAAAAACAGUGAUAAGAAUAAUGUACGCAAAACCAACUAUUAAGUUGUAAUAGUCUUGCUUGUAAUUCUAAUAAUAUGUUCUACGUGCGUGCGCGCACGCGUGCGUGUGUUCACGUGUGUGUACAUACACACACGUAUAAUGACGUAGCGCGAUAAACAUUUCAGAACUUAUAAAUUCGAUAAAGUUUCUAAUCUUUAUUCCGAUUUUUCGCUUACUAGAAUACAUUUCAAUUUUGGAUGUAAACAAAUUAAAAAACUAAUAUAGAUCAAAAUUAUUGUAGACAUUCUUGUUAAACAUACGUAGUUAGCUAUAUAUUUCAAGUUUGAAAAUAUCUUUGCGUACCGUUAUCGAUAAAAAAAUGUAAACUAGAUUGUUUAAUAGCGAUUAAUUACAUCCAGAAUUGAAACUUAAAACAUGACAGAUCCAUAUUGAGGUUUAAACAGCAUUUAGAAGUAAUAAACUAAGAAUUAAAAUUGAUUGCAACCUAUUCAUUCACGUAACAUCUGUUAUUAAAUGUUUUCCUAGAAAAAAAAGAUAUGGUCGUAGCCAUUUAAAUGCGUUGCGAACAAAUUACUGUACAUUUGUAUUAAAUAUAUGCGUAUUGCUUUUC